GAACACGCCAUUCCGCCGCCGCCGCCUCCGGAACCCACUGUUCCCUGUUGCGCGUCAAGUUGUGUUUUGCGACGUCCGCAAUGUUCUCGCUGCUAUUACACGCCUAUCACGCGUGCAACCAGGACGAGAGGGAGUACUUCGACAAGUACCUGGCCACCGAUCCCGUCGACAUGCAGGGCUGUUGCGUGAACGUCAUCCGGAGCCUGAAGGACCACCGCGUCAGGACCCGCGCGUUCCGCGAAACGUGCGAAAUAGCAGCGGCCCACGGCCACAUGAAGUGUCUGAAGUACGCGCACGAGAACGGCGCAAUCUGGAACAACCUGACGUACAUCAACGCGGCCAAGGCCGGCCGCCUGGACUGCAUGAAGUACGCGUUCGAGAACGGCUGCACCUGGGGCCCAUGGCGGUACAUUUACACGGCCGCCGGGCCGGUGGACCACAUGUGCCGCAUCCAGCCGGAGCAGACGGUGUGCGCGGUGGCCGCGGAGUACGGUCACCUGGACUGCCUGAAGUUCGCCUUCGAGAACGGGUGCGCCUGGGACGCGUUCACAACCAACGCCGCCGCCAAAGCUGGCCAUUUGGACUGUCUGCGUUACGCCCACGAGAACGACUGUCCAUGGGACGAGCAGACGUAUAAGUACGCCUUGAUGAACGGCCAUUCGGAGUGCGCCCAGUACGCCGAGGACAACGAUUGCCCCAAGUACACUUCCAACGAGAGUCGCGUGGCCUACUUGAUCAACAAUAGGUGGGUCAUAUACGGUUGAGCGAGUCAGGCACAAGCGACAAGUUACGCCGACUUAGUUAUAAUAGUUUUUCAUUUCACGUUUGUUCGCAAAGUCCAGUCGGUCGUAUUUACGGUUAAACGCUUACUUUCGUAGUCAGUCAAAUUAGCAUUAACGAUACAAUUAAGGUUAUAUUCCAUAUAAUAUAUUCAAUAUUUCCAUAGACACGUAGA